UUAACAUAUUGUUCUUAUUUUAAGUAUUGUAUUGGGUGUCGUUCCUUCUUUAAAGUGUGAAUUAUAAAUGAACAAUAAAACAGUUUGCAUGAUAAAGUGUCAAGAAUCAGCUGACUUUUCAAAGUUAUGGGAAAAAUUUAAUUUAAGGGGAGAAAAAAAGUCUUCAAACUUCUAAACUGACAAACACAAACACGGUGGUGCACGUGGAGAAGCAGAAUAAAAAGGAGAAUGUCACACACUGUUACUGAGGCUGAUGUGGUGAAGUGGCUGUGGCGCCCCCUGCUGGUUGCACUAAACACUAACACUUCAUUGUGAGGAAAAAUCCCAACUUUGACACAAACUGAUGAGUAGAAACGUUUCAGUAGAAAUGAAACUAAAACACAGCUGAAAAUCCAAAUGAUGUAUAUACACUCUGCUGUAGAGUGCCGCAUUUAGAAAGAAAGAAAGAAAGAAAGAAAUAUGGAGAGCGAAGGGAGAGAGAGUAAAAAAGCUAUUAAGGCUGGAAAAGAAGGAAAGAAAGACAAAAAUGAAAGAAUUGAUGGAGGAAAGAAAGAAGAAAUGACAAAAAGAAAGAAGUGCAGUUAAGGAUGAAUUUCCUUCUUAAUUUCUGUGUUCCUAAGGUGACAAUACAAAUUGGAAUACAGUGUUAUUAUUAUUACCCUUUAUUCUGCAAUCUUUUUAUUUGUAGUGCCAAUCUAAAUUUGCGGCGUUUACAUUUUCUUCUCCUCAAAGCACAAUCUACUAUUACUACAUGACCAUAAUGCAUCGCUGUUUUCCAUAGUACGUUUAAUUAAGCAGUGCUUAGUUCAGAUUAUUCUAAGCAAAGAUCCCACUGUCUCCUCCCAAGAGAGAAACUUGGCUUCACUGCGAGCAAUUAAUACCAAUGGAGGACGUGAAUUGCUGACUAAUAAGAGUAGAAAAAAAACUGCUGUAUCAAUGGGACCGGCUCUGCACCACCUCCUCAUGGAAGCUCACUGUAGAUAAUUGAAUAAAUAUGUAUAAUCAGAAGCUUGUAAUGUAUGUCUGAUAACACACUGUAUGUUAUUAUGUAGCCCAGAUAUGAGGACACUUGUGUCUCUUAUGUGUCUGUACAUAAGAGACAAGGUUACAUUAUUACAGCUGACUGGUGAUGCAGAGAGAACACAUGGAAAACGCAUCAGCACAUUGAAGUCAAUGGACCGUGAACCUGGUCAGCAACAAAACCACCACCUGCGCGUUGAACCUGGUUGUUUGUCUGUCUGUACGUGCAUAUAUAAGACACCAGCAGGGGGGUGUGAACAGCGUUGAUGUCUCUCUCCACUCUCACGCUCCACGCACAGAAAACACGAGCGAUGGCGCCGUGCAAAGAAUGAUGCCAUGUCAGAGGUCCUCACUGUAGAUGCCUUUUUGUUUGGGCUGCUGGUCUUCUCUGGCAUCCUGGGAAACAUCUUGGUCAUCCAUGUGGUGUUUCAGUCAGCCAGUGAGAGUCCGGCUCGCAGACUCCCUCCCUCUGACACUAUUUUGGUGCACUUGUCACUGGCCAACCUGCUGACCUCACUUUUCCGCACUGUUCCCAUCUUUGUGUCAGACCUGGGCCUGGACGUGUCUCUGUCUCCAGGCUGGUGUCGAGUCUUCAUGCUGCUGUGGGUGUGGUGGCGGGCUGUCGGGUGCUGGGUGACUCUGGCACUCAGCCUCUUUCACUGCACCACUCUCAGGCGACAGCACGUGGCCUUCGGACCUCUGGCUCAGCAGAGGGAGAGGCGGCGGGUGUGGAUCGCUCUGGGCCUGGUGUGGGGGGUGAACUUGGUCUUCUCCAUUCCGGCUCUGGUGUACAGCACGCACGUUCACGGCAACGCCACUGUGGAGCUGAUGGUGAUCAGCUGCACCACCAGGCCCCUGCUGGGCUGCGUGUGGGAGUUCCCCUCAGCCGAGCAGGGCUCAGCGUUUGCGUCCACCUCGCUGGCGCUUAAUGAGGUGCUGCCUCUGGUGCUGAUGGGUUUCACUAAUCUGGCCACACUUCACGCUCUGGCCAAGCACAUCAGAGCCGUCACGUCAGGGGGGGAGUCGGGCGUCGGUCACGGAGAACUGGACAAACACGUCUCCACGGAGCGCAAGGCAGCCAACGUCAUAAUGUCCCUGGUGUCGCUGUUCGUGGUCUGCUGGGUGCUGCAGGUCGCUGCAGUCACAUACUACAACCACGACGGGGGGCACCAUGCCGAGGGGCUGCUGACCGUGGCUCAUUUUUCCGCCUCGCUGUUUGUGGGAUUCAGUCCGAUGGUGGUGGCACUGGGACAUGGCAAGCUGAGGAAGAGGAUCUCCAGCAUGAUACUGGGGUGGUCUAAAGUCCUUAAAUGUCACAGUAAGGUCACUGAGGAGAGGACUAAUUCCCCAAAGACUGACUCUAAAAAUGGAAAACAAACCAUUUUUGUUGUUCAAAAGAGGGAAAAGACAUAAAUAACGAGGUGCGGGAAAUUCUCUGGACAGAAAUGUUGACAAGUAUUAAUCAUUUUUGCUUGAAUUUGCAGUGUGGUGAUUUUUUUGUUAUUUUUCUGCCUGUGUUCUGUCUUUGUGAACAAAAACAACGUCAUGUUGCUUUUGUUCUGUCAAGCAAAACUAUCAGACCUGACUGAGGGAGUGUUUGUGUGUGUAAACUGACAGUUUUACCCUUGUGUUUCCAUGUU